UCGGUGGCGUCGUCUAACUUGCGCUUCAGAUCAACGCUGGACUGAUGUGCGGUGGAGAGAAGGAGGGGAGAAUCUGAAAGUUAUUUCUCGGCCAUCCUUCGAUAAUGGCGGGGAAUUGUGACGACAGAUUUGGAGACUUCACUUUCGUGUCUUACCCAAUCAACGCCCUAAACCCAACUCCCACCACCAUCGCUGCUGCCAACAAUGAAGAAGACGAUGAAUGGGGCGAUUUUAUGGAUUACUCGAGAGGAUCGGAUCCCUCCAAUGGAACCUCUCAACCGUCUGGCGUCUUCUCCAAUCAUGGAUCUCAGCAUCCGGACCAAUCAACUCCGUCGAGCGAACCGGCGGCCAACCAAACUGAAUCGUCUAAAAUUGUACAGUGGGUUAAACCUCGAGGCGCUUUGCCGCUUUCGUUAUUUGGAGAAGCAGAAGAUGAGGAGAAACCUGAUAAGGAAGAGAAAUAUGCUCAUGUCGAAGCUCAAACUGCAAAGGAAGAAGCUAAGAAACUGAGCAAUGGAUCGAAUACGGAUUCGAGUAUUAUUUCGAACGGCUUUUAUGCGAACUUUUACAAUCAGAAUCCGCAGUUCCAAUCGGUAAAACCUUCUUCAAAUGCUUGCGAGUCUGGUAAUCUGAUCUCCAAUUUGGACCUGAAGAAGGAUUUAGCUACAACGCAAAGUUUUGAUUGGAACGUAACUAGGUCUGAAUUAAAAUCCCAAGCAGUUGAAUCAAGUUCUAUGGGAUGGAGUCCGGAUUUGAAUAAUUUGCUCUCUAACCAGACUGGAAUUACUUCAGAUAAGAGUGUUGCUAUAACAAGCUUGAGUGAUCACACUGAGCGGAUAGAGAGUGUUACAGCGCUUGGUUCGAAGACAGAUGGUAUAAGUUCCGAUAUAACCGCAUCACGUCCGACUUUUGGUGAUUGGGAUUUUGAUUUUGGUGGAUUUGGAUCCCCCUCGAAUACUUUGAAUUCAAGUUUUAGUGGUUUGAACUCAAAUUCAAAUGCUCUGGGUGUAUUUGAAAAAUCUGGUAGCAAAAAGGGUGAUGGUGAAUGUGAUGAUGAUGAUGAUGAUGAUGAUGGAUGGGAGUUCAAGGAUGCAUGUAGUGAAGCAAGGGAUGAAGGCACAAACAAUAAGGCUGGCUCAACAGCACAAGAAAUUCAGGAGACAAAGGCAUACAUGGCAGGUUUUGGCAAUGGUUCAGAUAGACUAAUUGAUUUCUCUCCUAUGUCCAAUGGAUCAGUGGAGACUGAUUCUCAGGCACACUAUACAGGUGAUAUGAAGGUAUACUCAAUUGGGAUUCAUAAUGGUUCAAAUGGAUCGCUCCAAUCUGAGUUAAAGGGUCAUGGUACUAGCAACAGUUUGGCAUACUCAUAUGGGCUUGGGAAUGUUUCAAAUCAUUCAGUUGACCUAUUUUCUAUGUCAAAUGGAACUGACCUUGAGGCACAUGGUGGCAUGAAUGCGUUCUCAUCUUAUUCUGAUGGUUCUGCCAUGUCAAAUGAGUCAGUAAAAGCUGAAACUGAGGCACAUGAUACUGGUGACUUGAAGGCCAAUUUAUCUGGGUAUUCUGAGAGUGCUAAUGGCUCCAUUGAUUUAUUUACUUUAUCAAAUGGAUCAAUAGAUUUGUUUGCAACUGCAAAUGGGACUUCUGACAUUACCCAUGAAAAUGAGGUUGAAAGCAAUAGUAACCCAAGUACUUGUGCUCAAAAUGGUGUUGAAACCAAUGAAGACUUUGGAGAAUUUACUGCUGCAUUAUCAGAUAGUGGAUCAAAGCAAGUGGGAGAGCUGAAGGAAACUGAUCUUUUUCAUGAACUUGAAGCUGCGAAGUCUGGUGGCAAAUAUCAGGUAAACACAUCAGGGCCUAAUUGUAAAGGAGCACUGCCCUUGUCCAUCUUUGGCGAUGAAGAACUGGAACCUGAUGACUUUUCUACAAUUGAGGAUUGCUUUAUGCAUAAUCCAACUUCUUUUCCAAAAAGUGAUAACAAAACUAAACCUGUCAUUUCAAUCAAUGAUGUUAUAUCAAGUUUGUACAGCCAAGGAGAUCAUACUUCUUCUAUCAGCUCAUCACAAAACCCUUCUGGUGUUGUAGAACCCCCUGAUUCAGAUGCCAGUUCUAAUUUAGUGAAAAAUGAAGAUGCAUUUGGUGAUAAGUCAUGGGAUUAUAAAAGUUCCAUAACUCAAAGAAGAGCUGACGAGGAGACAUCUGUUUUUGGUCAUGGAGAUCCACUUCCAAGCUGUUCCUCCACAAGAAAGCUGGAUAAUUAUGUGGAUUUCUAUUCAGAACUAAAAAAGGAGUUGUGCCUUUAUAGUAAAUAUCAUUUUGGGGAUCUCAAGAGAGAUCAAAGUAUUAUGACAGGAGAGGAUGCUAAAGGAAUAGCUCUUUAUGAGGAAAUCAAGGGUGCUUGUAAGGAAUUAGACCAUGGAAGUUCUUUAUGUGAAGGAGACGAUUUAGAGGGGCAGCCAUCCUGGAAGACUUGUUUUCAUGAAUUUAUUGAGGUUCUUAAGGAACCAAAAUUUCAAGUGCUUGAAUCAGAAUAUAACUUAUCAAGGAGAUUAUCACAAAUGGAAAAUGAUCUUAAUUCAGCAAUUGAACUUAUCAGUCAUGCUAGCAUAAUGCUGAAGCUUUUGACAUUUGCAUCAGCUGAGGAACAACUAAUUUAUGUUUCCAUAUGGUACAAGAUUAUCUCUGUUUGUAAUCAAGAGUUGCAGCAUGGUACCUGGCUUUGGAAGCAGAUACUGGAUAAAGAUGCUCAAAGUCAUGUAUUCUCCAGCAGCAGAGGAAGAAAGUACAUUCUGGGACUUGGUGAGAUUUACAAGGUGGCUGUAGUGCUUGGAGCUUCAGUCAAGCUUUACCGGCCAUGGACCUGGCUAAAUCAUGCUGAUUUCAAUGGCAUCUGCUCUCUUCUAGAUGAAUGCCUUGCUCUAUGGUCUAUGUCAGGACUUGGGCAAGCUAUCUCAAGCAUUUCAGAUCUGGAAAGUACCAGUACCGUUGGAUCAUGUCUGGACAAUAUCAAGUCUAUUUGUGAUCUUGAUGCAUUUUCCCUUCAAAACCAUAUUUCCAGUCAGAAAGAAAUUUGUCGAUUGUCACUCCUUACUUCAGAAGUGAUGCAUGGAUUAGGUAUGAAGCUUGUUAUCUGGAACGGAGAGCAUUACUUUCUCACACUCGCCAACCUCUGGGCAAAUCUUGUAAGCCAUGAUCCUCCCGAGUUGCCACAUUUAAGUUAUGGAUGGUGAAAAACGCUGCCAAAAUAGUUUGCUUGUGUCUUCAUAUCUGAAACAAUGUUUCUGGGAGAGUAGUGUUGCAAACAGUGGAUUGGUUCAAGUGAGAUAAUUGAAGAGUGGCUUAUAAGGGGCGCUGAAAAUCUACAGAUCAAAGAUUGAUGAUCCUAGACCCUUAACAAUUCAGCUUAUGGAUGUUUCACAUGCAGCAUUUAAUAUUAGUAAGACAUAUAUAACCCCAAUUUUUUGUCAUUCAUUUUCACUAUAUGUAAUUUAGUAUUUUUGAGGUCUAGGUUGAAUCAAAUAGUCGCCCAUAUGGCAAGAAAUAGAGUAUUUGAUUAAAAGUUAAAGAUACAAUUUUUUGUUCAAUAUUUUCUACAUUCAUUAGUCAAAUUAUGAGUGUUUCUGAGUA